AUUGCAGUAGUGUGUCGGCUAGCGAGAGGUGCUGUGUCCGAAUAUCAUUUUUUUUAGCUUCAAGCCUCUAAGGAAAAAAAGAAACACGCAAAUCAUAAGGGAAGUAACGCAAUGUAACAAGAAAUAACCACGAUUGAAACGUACGUGGCCAGAUAACGACGUAUAAAUUGAAACUGUGCAAAAUUCUAUUUCAUUAUUAACGAAGAUAGAACCUACGUAUUCUACUGGUGGUCUAUUUCGCUAAUUUGAAAUGGAGAGCCCAUUGCCGCAUAUUGUGGAAAGCUCCGAUAGUGAAUUCUCUACAAAACCAAAAGAUAGGUUAGUCAAAAUUCUUGACUCAAUCGAAAUCCAUGUCGAACAGCUGAGGAAAAGUGCAUUGCGACUUGAGGAAGAGAAAGACACUCUUCUUACUACUUUGGAUACUCUUCGUAACAACGAUCAUCUUUGUUCUCUUGAUGAUGGCGACAAAGAUGAUGUACUGAGAUACGUGGAAAGACUAUCAAUGCGCUGCUUAACAGUUGAAGUUCUUGUUAAAAUUCAACGUGAUCAUGUUCAGCAGGAAGCAUUGCAUCAGGUGAAUGGUCUUAUCGAUAGUUUAGUUGUUGGCCUACGUAAUGAUCCAUUUAGUACACGGCAGCGAUGUGCAGCAUUUAUGAAUGCUUGCUCAUCACAUACUACUGGAAGUUCAGACAAAAACUUUGAAAUGGCCAUCCUUGGCUGUACGUUGGACGAUCAAAAGCGCGUGAAGAAAAGGUUGCAGGGUCUUCUAGACUACAUUGAUAAAAUGCACACCAUAGAGAUGCAGUGAGAGCAAACAAUAGCUACAUGAUUAUGAAGAUGGAAACCAGAUAGCAGCCCUUCCAUUGCAACACACAUGUAAUUCGUUGUAUAGAUUCCACGAUACAGCCACGCUGUAUAAUCCAUGCAAAGAAUACAGGACAGGGGUCAGGAUAUAUUCCAUAGAAACUUUACAUAAAAGAUUCAAAGACAAAAGGGGGAUUAAAAAAGAGAGGGAAACAAAAGAAAUGGAAAUAUGCAGCAUUCCUCGCAGCAGACGUGACUUAGUCAUCGAGAUUCCUUUGAACAAAAGCGAAAUCUAGCGCUCAAAUUGCACUUUUGAUCGGACUACUCAAAGCAUGCACUCGCGCUAUGUACCUAAUACUAAAUGAUGAAAAUUCAUGUAUGUUUGUAUAGAUAGUUUUUGCUAAACGUACGCUAUUUGGAAAUAUUACUGCUUAAAUUGAUAAAUACGUCCUGCUGGUUAUUCAGAUAAUGCAGAUAGAAGUUUAUCAUGGCGAAGAAGAAGGAUAAUAGGGAUGCUUAUCAUGAGAAAAAAAAAUACUUCUAGGAUAUCUGAAGUUUGGUAAUGGAGUAGUUCCUUUUCACACUUUCCUCCUAUACUAACUUCUCUUAGUAACGUUCCUUUAAUAACAUUCAACGUUGAGCGUUUAAUUUUUAAAUCUUUUUCUUUCUUACUCUUUUCACGACAUAUGAAUUCCAGAAUAAGUAGUUUUGCUACAUUGUAAAUAAAAUAAGAUUAUGUUCAAUUUUCAUAUUGUCAGAUAGGAGCGUCCCUUGUUUCUCCAAUUACAAUUAACAUUAUUGUAUGAUGGUUCGUUAUCCUCAAUAUUAUCCUCUUCCAACUGCAUGAAUGUUCUUAUAAACAUUAUUAAGACUCUCGUUUUCUUUUUUAAGAAUAAGAAAAAUAAAUGGCCGUGAUUUCGAAAUAUAAUUAAAUUAAUAAAAUUUAUGCGUUAUUCGUGUCUAAAAUAUUAAGUUUUACUGACCAAAGUAGCGUUACAACUAAUUAAAGCACAUUAUUAUUUUAAACCUGUAAAUUUGCCCAGUGCAUUUUCAAAUAUAUAAUUUCAAAAAUAAUUUUAUUUUGUGCAAGCCACAAUACUUUGCUAGGCCGUAUACGGCAGAUAGUAAAAAAAACGUGUUUAGAUGUAUCUCGUCCAGGUUAAUCUGCGAUGUACAAAACAAUGUAAAAUACAUGUCUAUUGUCAUUUCUGUGAUAAUAAACACUCAGAUUCCAAAAA